AUGCCGACCAAAUACGUUCCCCCUCUCUCCGCCCUUAUCCCAAAAGCCUUGUUCGGAGGCCUUGCGUGGAAAACUCAACCUAAAGAUGUUCUUGACGAGAACAUGUACAUUUACGAGAAUAAGUGCCGAUUACUUCUAUAUCACCCUCAUUCUUUUCACAUCGCCAAGGUGCUCUUUAAGGGCUUAAGGUCAAAAAGUCCAACACUAAUCGGCCUAGCACUCUCACAUGUCUAUGAGUUUGCAGCCGAGAAGGUUGAGCUGUGCUCUUUCCUUGAACUGGUGGAAUUUUUCGCGUAUGUUAAAGACUCCUACGACUGGUCAUCCCGCUUUAGCGACAAAGCAUUUUGGGCAUUCACAUACAAAGCUUUCCACGCUCGACAAAUCUUCCUCAACACAGUCAUGAAUCCGGACCGCGAAGACCCAACGGUACUGCCCUUGGCACGAUCCCUUGAUCUAUUUCGAGAUGCCUUCUUGAAAAUGUACCCAAUUGACCCAACUAUGAUACGCGAAGAGGGUGACAAGAUUUGCCAAGAGAAUAUCGAGCUCGUAGAGGACAUGGUUUACCUCAAUAAGGAGAUUUAUAAUAAGUAUUUCCCUUAUCAUCUCACCCACCAUGAUGGACAAGGUGAUGGCACAGACAAGAUCGUUCUUUUCGAAGAGAGCAAGAAGAAGAACUCCAAUGAAACCGCCAACCCGAGCAUGUUGAAACAUGAAGAAGUAGACAUGUCGAAAAUCCCGGACGAAGAGUUAUUCUUUUACGAUACAGAAUGCAAGACCAAGCAUCACGAUGCUUUCCAGCAUGUUUUGGACACGAAGGGUAAAAUUGGUCUCAAGAGUAAAGGGCUACCUAAGAGGACGGAAUCCAUGAAGGGGGCGGGAUCAGUGAGAAAGUACGACACCUUCAAGGACUACCGAGAGACGGGUAAUGCGGACGAUGUCGAUGAUACCGCUGAGCCAGACCCUUCAAAUGAAGGCACAAAUAUCGUGGACAACGACGACGACGACGGCGACGGCGACGGCGAUGGAAUGCCAAAUAUGAAGAAGCUCAAGAUCGAAGACGAUAAGGCCGCGGUGUAUAAGGACGGAGAUGAGGGAGUACCGGAUAUCAAGAAUCUUCAUCUCGUAGAUGAUGAAGAAUCAUCCGACCCCUAA